AUGGUCGGGAGUACUGCCAAGAAAGCCGAAGAGGCAGCCGGACGCCCCAAGUACAGCGAGAUGGUCGCCGCCGCCAUCAAAGCCUUGAAGGAGCGGAGUGGUUCCUCCCGUCAGGCGAUCCUUAAGUACAUCCUGAGCUUCUACGGGGUCGAGGACGAGAAGAAAGCAGGUGUUCAUGUCCGGCUGGCGCUGAAGAAGGGCGUUGCCGGCGGGUCUCUGGUCCAGGUGAAGGGGACGGGGGCCUCUGGCUCUUUCAAGCUGGCCAAGGUGGAAGGCAAGGCGGAGGAAAGGAAACCCGCUGCGAAGAAACCGGUCGCGAAGAAGACCACUGUCAAGAAACCAGCCGACAAAAAGACUUCAGCGAAGGAAACAUCCGCCAAAAAAACUUCAGCGAAGGAAACAUCCGCCAAAAAAACUUCAGCGAAGAAAAUAUCCGCCAAAAACACCACAGCCAAAAAAGACGUGACGAAGAAGCCCAGCGCGAAGAAGGAAUCACUGAAGAAAACCACAAAGGAAAAGGUUUCGACAAAGAAAGCCACAGCCAAGAAACCGCCGACGAAGAAAACCGCGCUCAAGCAGCCAGCCACCAAGAAAAUGACCAAGAAGUCUGCAGCUAAGAAAACGGAGAAGAAAUCCACAAACAAGAAGACUGCAACAAAGAAACCCACUUCUAAGACUCCAAAGAAACCCACCGCAAAGAGCACUCCAAAGAACGAAGUAACAAAGAAACUAACAACAAAGAGGUCGACAGCAAAGAAGCAGACUGUCAAGGCAACAGCAACAAAGAAACAAACCACAAAGAAUGGGAGGAGCUAA